AUGGUCCCCUCCAUCGUCGUCCCACAGGCCCAGACAGCCAUCUCUUCCCCACCGCCACCUCCUUCACUUCAAAGACCCCCCUCAGCCUCGGCCGUGGCUUCGGCCUCUUUAGCACCUUCACCUUCACCAGCUCCUAUAAACACCAACACCAACACAAACAAUACUGUCGUCAAUGACAUUCUCGCAGACUCGGCAAACAAAAUAUUUGGCUUUGAGAACUUUGGUAACACCUGCUACUGCAACUCAGUGCUUCAAUGCCUUUACUACUCAAAGCCCUUUCGAGAGCACGUCAUUUCGUUUUCUCCGGACCCCGCAGGCUCUACCCAUAAACGCCGAACUACCGUCCCGGGUCUCAAGCCACACCCAUUUACAGUUGAUCCAGUAGCAGCAGCAGUUGUAACAUCAAAUCCAACAACAGCUACAAUUGCAAGUACUGCUGCAAACAUGUCCAACCCGAAUGGUGGACCACAUAAUAAUCUCUCAUCUGGGGCAGUUAUGUCUAAUCCCAACCCUUCUUUCCAUCAUAACCAUCUUCCGUCAGGAUCCACGUCAUCCUUAAGUCCAUCGAUCCCUCCAGCAGCAUCUCCUAAUACAAAUACACCAUCAUCAAGCUCACAUGAUUCCAAUGGCAAGUCUCAGGCCUCACUCGGACGAAGACUUUCCAUCUUUGGAUACAAUAAGGAUAAAGAUAAAGACAAAGAUAAAGACAAGCAGUCAUCAUCAUCUUCUUCAAAUACUUUAAAAACUGUUCCAGAGCCCAUAAAUGGCUCAUUAAAUGGCAAUAAUAACUAUAACAACAAUAAUAGUAAUAGUAAUAAUAACAACAACUAUAAUAAUAACAACAAUAAUAGUAAUAAUAAUACCCCAGGCACAAGUUCCAACUUGCCUUCUUCAACGUCAUCUUCAAACAUUGCAUCACAUCAACUGCCCACACAAAAUGGUAAUCAUAAUGAUUUCCAGCAUCAACAAGACCCAGAACACCAAAUCGCCGAGGAAGAAAAAGACGUGGAUCACUCGCAUCUACUCCACGAUACUAAAGCCAUUCCACUUCCCAACAGUGUAGCCUUUGAUACCAAUGGCCCGACCUCUUAUCAAAACUCUCGGCUACUAUACCCGGCACUCCGAACCAUUUAUCUUGGCAUUCGCCAAUCAGGCCAAAAUAUUCCGGUCGUUGGCCACACAAUUGACCGCUCCACCACGCCUGAGGUCCGCAAGCGUGCUGCUCUCAUCAAGGGCCCUAUUGUCAACGUUGACUUGUCUUAUGCUGAGUGGUAUCAUAUGAAGGAAUCCCUCUUUACAGGCUUGAAGGACAUUUUUGAGUGCAUGGCUGAGGUUAACUCUCAAAUUGGCAUUGUGUCACCGGCAAAGCUUAUCCAGGUGCUUAAGCGUGAAAAUGAACUUUUCCGAACCUCGAUGCACCAGGAUGCCCACGAAUUUUUGAAUUUUUUGCUCAAUGAAGUCAUUGAUUGCAUUGAUCGCCAAAAUAGACUGGCUCCACCAGUUAAGCCCGUGCCUGGAUCUUCGCCACUUCCAGGAUCUCCAUCCUCAAGCUCCCGAUGGGUACACGACUUAUUUGAAGGACUUCUUACGUCCGAGACCAAAUGCCUUACAUGUGAAACGGUUUCACGUCGCGACGAGCAGUUUUUGGAUUUGUCGAUUGAUAUUGAGCGUAAUACGUCAGUCACGUCAUGUUUGCGGCAGUUUUCAGCGUCUGAGAUGCUGUGCGAACGCAACAAGUUUAAUUGCGACCAUUGCGGCGGGUUCCACGAGGCGCAAAAGCGAAUGAAGAUUAAAAAGCUGCCGAAAAUUCUGGCGCUGCAUUUGAAGCGAUUCAAGUAUACUGAGGACCUGCAACGCAAUGUUAAGCUGUUUCACAGGGUUGUCUACCCCCAAUAUCUACGCCUCUUCAACACAACAGAUGAUGCGCAAGACUCUGAGAAGCUGUACGAGCUUUACGCGGUUGUUGUGCACAUUGGUGGUGGGCCCUACCACGGCCACUACGUUUCAGUUGUCAAGACGGAAAAUGCAGGUUGGCUGUUGUUUGAUGAUGAAAUGGUGGAUGCAGUGGACCCCAACUACGUGUUUAACUUUUUUGGUGAUAAUAAGAGUUUGGCUACGGCAUACGUGCUUUUUUACCAGGAGGUGUCGCAGGAAACGUAUGAGCGUGAUAAUCUUUAUUCCAAUGUCAAUAUUGUGCGGCCGACCCGAGCCCCGCCUCAGCAGCAACAACAACAACAACAACAGCAACAGCAGCAACAGCAAACUUCUGUUCCUAAUGUGUCUAUGAACAGUAACCAGCCAACAAGUCAUUCUUAUGGAUCUGGGAAUGGGUCGUCGGUGGUAUCACCAAAGCCUAUUGCUGUUUCGACUAUGACGACGCUAAAUAGUCAGGUGGAAGCUUUAGAGAAGUCUGCACAGGAUGAAGAAAAUAAUGAGCCUGUUACUUUUAACUAUGUGGCAACGACUGCGUCAACGGCUGCAGCAACGGCGACUAAUUCUUCAUCAUCUUCUUCUUCGGUACCUUUUGUUUCUACCACCAUGGCUAAUACCAAGACUAUGACGCCUACACCUACUACAGUUCAAACAUCAUUUCCCUCUGAACCAGUUGCACCAGUAAUUCCAGUAAUUUCAGUUGCACCAGCUGCACCAGUAAUUUCAGUUGCACCAGCUGCACCAGUUGCUCCGGUUGCUCCGGUUGCACCAGUUGCAUCAGCUGCUCCGGUUGCAGCAACCACGGCAGCUCCUCCGCCUCCCCCUUCGCGCUCUGUGUCGCCCAAACGUCGACCGAUGAGUGCAUUUUUUUCUAAACGAGCAGCAGCUGUACCUGCUGUGGUUCCUGUUGUUGGGGCCAAUCCCAGUCAACAACAAGCCCCUGCAUCGUCACCCAAUAAGAGCUUGUCACCGUUUGCGGAUACUAUUGAGGAACCUUGGUCUGAUCAAGUUUUGGAAAAGACCCUGCCGGCAGGGCAGCAGCAAAAUCAAAAUCAGCAGUGUUGCAUGUCGAUAUCAUCUCCACCACCUGUACCUGACUAUGCGGCCAAACCCUUACCCAAACCUUCUUUAAAGCCUACACUGUUCCAUGGGAAUGGAUAUCCACAACAACAACAAACACCAGCAUUAUUAUCAUCAUCAUCAUCGUCAUCUGCUAAUUCAUCUACGGGAGCAGGGGCAACACCAGCACCUUAUGGUGGAUUACCUUCGUCGUCUUCGCAUAGCUACGGGCUUUCUCGGUUUAAGUCUACUCGGCGAUCUGUGAGUGGAGCUGGGUCGAAGGAGAAUGGUGGUGGCAGCAGUCAAGCAGAUCGGUACAAUAAUCUUGGAGGGAACAAUGAAGAAGGGGUUCCCUUGAGUGCUGCGAAACGUAAAUCUCGGCAUCUUUCUUUUGGCUUUAAAAAGCACUAA